ACCAACUAACUGCACCGCACAAAUUCCCAUCCACACACCCUCGCUUUUCGACAGUCACAUCGAAAAGCGAACGCGCCAGUCCACCGCAAUCAUGGCUGACACCGAAUACAACGCCGAGGAGGCCGCUGAGCUCAAGAAGAGAAGAACAUUCCGCAAGUUUUCAUACAGAGGCAUUGAUCUUGAUCAACUCCUCGAUAUCCCUUCCAACGAACUCAUCAACAUCCUCCAUGCCCGAGCCCGCCGUCGAUUCAACCGGGGCCUCAAGCGCCGCCCGAUGGGACUGAUCAAGAAGUUGCGCAAGGCCAAGCAAAACGCGAAGCCCAACGAGAAGCCUGACCUCGUCAAGACUCACCUUCGGGACAUGAUCAUCGUGCCCGAGAUGAUUGGCAGCGUCAUCGGCAUCUACAGCGGCAAGGAGUUCAACCAGGUCGAGAUCAAGCCCGAGAUGGUCGGCCACUACCUGGGUGAAUUCUCCAUCUCGUACAAGCCCGUCAAGCACGGUAGACCCGGUAUCGGUGCCACCCACUCUUCACGAUUCAUCCCAUUGAAGUAAAGGAAGACGAAAACGAGGGAAAGGAUGGAAUGGUUCUUUGUGGUGUGUGAUGUGUUGUGGUGUGUCUUGCCGUGUUUGGUGGGGGAAGGAGUUGGCAGACACGAAGCGCAGUGAUACAAUGGCACGCCCAAUAUGGAAAAUGCCGCAUGAUUGCAUGAGAGUUCUGGGUCCAUGGGUGCUUGAUUCCAAACAAGGCAAAAUAAAAAUGCAAAUGGAUCUAGAAAAGUCAGCCAUGACCAGGCCCGCCCCCCUUAUCGAAGAAGGGUUCAGGGGUGGUCAGAAGCUGUAUUUGAAAAUCAAUCAACUUUUGAGAACAAGAUUCCAUGCAAACGUCC